ACCAUAACCUCACUUUCUUGUAAAAACUAAACAAACAAUUUGAUAAUAGAGGAUUGAGCGAAUUGAGUUUAGAAUUGUAGAUUGGCCCCUAUGGAUCGAAAUGGCACAAUAUUCUACCCAAUCAUUAGUUCUAUUCAAAAACUGGCACUAUAUGAAACCAAAUCUAAAUACUACCUAGUUGGCUCCAACAAUAACCAAACCCGCUUUCGUGUAUUAAAAAUUGACCGUACGGAACCACUAGAACUGGAAAUAUAUGAUGACAAAGUGGAAUAUUCCGCUGAUGAAAUUAAAGAUCUUGUUGGGAUGAUCGAGUCUGGUAAUCGUAAGGCUGGUGCCAGUGGAAUAUCCAGAUUUAUAUCAGCCUUUGGAAUAGUUGGUUUUAUUAAGUUCCUUGAGGGUUAUUAUAUUAUACUGAUAACCAAAAGGCGCAGGGUGGCUGUAAUAGGACAUCAUACUCUGUAUAAAAUUGAGGACACAACAAUGAUAUACAUUCCACAUGAAUCAGUUAGGAUUGUUCACCCACAUGAGUCAAGAUAUCUGAAAAUGUUUCAGAGUAUUGAUUUGGCAAGUAACUUCUAUUUUAGCUAUAGCUAUGACUUGACUCAUAGCCUGCAACACAACCUCAGUGAACCAAAAAGAUUUAUCACAAGAAGUGCAGAUAUAGAUUCACAAAAUGAUCCCCUGGAAAAGAAAGAAUUUUUUGAUGACUUAGGAUUAUUUCAAAGUAGUGAACGCAAUGAAAAAGAUAAAGAAACACAGUAUUUUGGUGUUAGGGCACAUCCACAUAAGAAGUUUGUUUGGAAUCUACAUUUGCUUAAUGAAGCUCUAAAGGUAGACCUGCAUCCUAAUUGGAUAUUAUAUAUAACUCAUGGAUUUGUAAGUCAAAGCAACAUCAAUGUUUUUGGAAGACCUUUAUAUUUGACUUUAAUUGCCAGAAGGUCCAGUAAAUAUGCAGGCACAAGGUUCCUUAAAAGAGGUGCAAACUUUCAAGGGGAUGUUGCAAAUGAAGUAGAAACCGAACAAAUUGUGCAUGAUUCUAGUGUAUCCUCUUUUAGCAGCAGUCAUUUUACUUCGUUUGUGCAAAUGAGAGGUUCUAUACCUGGUCAUUGGAAGCAAGAAAUGGGCAAAAUGGUUGCGAAACCAGCAAUAACAAUUGAUUUUUAUGACCCUUUUGCCGAAACAGCCGGAGCCCAUUUUAAUGAACUCCUUAAACGUUAUGGAGCUCCCAUUGUUAUCCUAAACUUAGUGAAAAAGCGAGAAAGAAAACCCCAAGAGUCGAUGUUAAGCGAACAAAUGCGAUCCGCCGUUCAAUAUCUCAAUCAAUUUUUACCGGUUGAGCAUCAAAUCGUUUAUAAAACUUUCGAUAUGGCACGGAAGAAUAAAACCACCUCGAAUGUUAUGGAAGAACUGGCGGGGAUUGCUAAGAAUGCUGUUAGUAAGGUUGGAAUAUUCCAUAAUCAGAAGAAGUAUUUCACUCAGAAGGCUAAUACAGUAAUUGGUAAGGGUGAAGAGAAGAUGUGUAGCAAGCAAACUGGUAUUGUGAGGACAAAUUGUGUUGAUUGUUUGGAUAGGACAAAUACUGCUCAGUUUGCUAUAGGCAAAUGCGCCCUAGGUUAUCAACUGUGCGCCCUAGGAGUCCUAGACACACCGAACAUAGAAUUCGACACCGACUGUGUCCGAAUGCUCGAAUCUCUCUAUGAAGACCACGGGGACACACUUGCCCUACAAUAUGGUGGUUCCCAACUGGUGCAUCGCAUUAAAACCUACAGAAAAACAGCUCCGUGGUCCUCACAUGGAAACGAUAUUAUGCAAACCCUAAGCAGAUACUACAGUAAUACGUUCUCGGAUGCAGAAAAGCAAAAUGCUAUUAAUUUAUUCCUGGGACUAUUUAAGCCAGAAGAAAAUCAGCCGCAGAUAUGGGAUUAUGCCAGCGAUUAUUAUUUUCAUCAUAAACCAAAUCUUUGCGGGCAGAAAUCUUUGACGCAGUGGUGGGAUGAUGGAGUUUUUAAAUGUUUGCCUUACGCUUAUAAUGAUGUUACCAAGGCAUGUUUUGAUAUAAUACAAGUACAUUCCCAUGACGUGGAGAUGAUUGAUUCUUACGUGGAUUAUUAUAGACCAAACGAAUUUAAUAUGUUAACCGACGUAUUUGCAUUAACAAUCAGCAGUUCAGUUGACUUUAUGCCGAUCUGUACGGUCAACUACAGUCCGUUUGCCGUAAGAACACGACCAGAUAAAAGACGAGAGGGAAACGUUAGCAAAAAUCCGUCUGUAACUGGACAAAGUUCCACUAGUUCUACCACAUCAACUCCAAGUGCGAGUAGCAGUGAAAACUCCUCAGACGAUGAAGAAUCAGCAAAUUCAGAUGCUUCUCCUGACACAUUUUCAAAAGAAUCUUCUUCCGAAAUAGUUACUUUUAAAUCAUUAUUUCCAUCUACUGAAGAAGUUUAUGGUUUUAGUAUCAAAAUGCCUUCUAAAGAGGAUAUUCUUACCUACAAAAAGUACGUGCUAACAGGAAAAAGGGCCAACGGAACAGCUGUCAAUAUAUUUUUGCAAUCGUCGAAAACGAAUAUUAAAGCAGUAAGUACUUUUUCUAAUGAUGACAGUUUUGAGGUAAAACCACCAACUGUAAGUCAAAAAUCGAUUGAAAUUUAUAAAAAUUAUGUUAAUUUAGGAAAAUAUGGGCCUAGCAUGCCUAAAGCAGGCGAUAUGGCUAUAUAUGCACGAUAUGCCAGUAUAAAAUAAAAUUUUCAAUUUCUUUCUUUACGAUUUUUUUACAGAUUAAAAUAUAGUUAGAAUAUCUGAGAUUUAUUUUAUAAGAUUAUUGUGAUUUUUUUAAGUGUAUUAUCAGAAAUAUAUUUGUGUUUAUAAAUAGUA